AUGCACCACGGGGGAGCCUUAGGCCACCAGAUCCUGGUGCGGCUGGCUCGGCUGCAGAUUAAGGUACACGCAUCGCCACGAUUGCCUACAUAUCGUGGCUUCGCGUCUUCCUUCAUCGUCCUGGUCAUUGACAUUGACAGCCCGCACGUCCGCAACUGGCGGUCUAUGGCGAUGAAGAUUUCUUUCAUCACUCCCCAAUUCUCCUCUUCCGCAAUGCCGAACAAGAGACGCCGGCUUGGGCCGAAACCGACCGAUGAUGACAAGGCGCUUCUGGACAAUUUCUACAAUGACAGCGCCGCCGGCCAACGCCGCCGCACACAAAACGAUCUGGACCAAAUCCGUGCCGCGCUCGAACGCUCCGACCGAACGGUGACCGAGGCUACGACGGUGAAGCGGCGGGCGUUGGAGAAGGGAAGAUGGCAACUACGAAUCGAGGAUCUUUUUGCCAACUUUGGCGACAAGUACAAGAGCGAGAGAUUCCUUGUGGAGCUGUACAAGGCAGAAAAGACGGUAAGGCGGGGUGCAGGAUUCAAGGCGUUUCGGGCGGCAAUUCAGCAAGCGGCGGAGGCAAGGAAACUGGACCGCGCAAAGGUGGUCUACACACCUGCAGAUGUCUCUGAUGCCGCGUGCUCGAUGGCGAGUAAAGAGGGAGAUGGCUUAGACGAGAACGACCAGGACCUCAAGGAGGACGACGAAGAAGAAGAUGCAGACGGCGAAGACAAGUACAACCAGGACAAACAGGACGACGAGAGCGGCGAGCUGUACAAGGAUGGAAAGCUGGACAAGGAUGAAGAGCUGGCCAAGAAUGAAGAGCUGGACAAGAACGAGGAGCUUGGAAAGGACGAAGAUCUCUCCAUGGAAAUUGAGAAAGCAAGAGGCGUGGACCACAACGUAUCGGAUGAUCCGUCUGGGACUUCAUACCGAGACUGGGACAUGUGUGACAGCAACGACGACAACGACGACGACGACGACAUGGCCUUGCUCGAGCAUUUCAACACCGGCGGCAGCUUCGUGCACUCAUUGGUAAAAGGUGAAGUUUCGGGCACGUCGGGCGUGUCAGGCGUGUUGGGCUUUUCCAACGAACCCCGCGUCAUCCCGAUGAAAGAAUUCGAAGAUUUUUUGAACGGUCGUCGAAGCAACAUCAACUCGAAAGCCAGCAUUCUCGAAGCCAUCUCCACCAGCGAUAUCUUGACCAGCAAUCCAUCCUACAACCACACAUCGCUCAGCAUGCUUAUGACGGAUGUGGAUCUUGACAUCGCCCGACAGUCUCUGCUCACCAGCAACGACUUCACCGCCGCAGCUCUGAACACCAUUCUGGGCACAUUCCGACCGCUUACUUGGUACAUCCAUCCGCCUUGUACGUUGCAAGAUGGCCAGCUGGUACCCGACGGACAACACCCUCCUACGAGCAGACACGACCUUCUCCUGCCGGUUCACGUCGCCACCAACCAUCAGCAGCAAUGGUGCCUAGCCUUUCUCCGGAGACGCUCCGCCACGGAAUUCUACCUCUCGAUCCCUGGAUUUUCGCAAGAGGAUAAAGAAGCAGCGACCGAGGUCGAAGGAGCGGUGCGACAAUGGUGCGAGACGUGGAAGGACGACACCAAAUCCGUCAGCGUCAUCAUCCCGCCAGCAGUACUCGACACGGACUUGAACACUUCCCAUUCCCUGCUCCUGCGGGCGAUUCUUGCCAUGGCCGAAGUACCCCUCUGCACACCCUUCGAUCGCGACACUGGCCGUGUUAUCCUCCAGCGAAUCCUCUCUGAGAUGUCACCACAUGGCACCGCUGCGAAACCCGAGCCAGCCAAAUUCGCCGUCGUCGAAGACUACCCCAACUUGAGCGACGCCGUCACCCCCGAGCAUUCCAAGGGCAUGGUACAGCAAUUUCUGGACAGGGUACGGCCCGCCUGCGACAACUUUGACAGGAGGCAUGCUGCAGUGCACGCUGUCCGGACCGCACUAGCUACCACGCGAGAUGGGGUGCAGCUGACUAUUUCGCUGCAAUGGGCACCUGCUGGGAUCAAUGCAAGCGUUCUCGAAGCCAUCAAAGUCGUAGCUGGGGAUGGGGAGGACAGGGUCAAGGUCAUGAACAGGCUGAUUCAAGGGCUCGACGAAUUGCUGGCGUGCAUGCGGGCGGACAAUGCGUUGCUCAGGAAGCAUGUCGAGAAGGGUAUGGUAUAUGUAGCGUGA